CUCUCUCUCUGUAUCUCUCUGUUACCCACUCCUUCUCUCUCCCUCACUCAGACUUGCUCUCUUGCUAAUGGGAGGAGCGCAACAUUCUUCUCUGUAUAAGAAGUGCCGAACGUACAACAAGGGAUUUUACACAGCUACUCAGGAGAAACGAAAUGAUCUGCCUUGGAGCCGCAGCAAAAUGCUGGAUGGACAGCUACUCCUGGGAUGGUUAUCGUUCACAGUUAUAGUGUACCUCUUCAACUUGCCCGGACCGACCACAGCGUAUUUCGGAUUGACAGGUAAUGAACCCCUGUCCAUUCUACCGCUGAGCUCUCAACCUGAGGAGAACGUGGGAAGGGCCCACUACAAGCUGUGUGACCGGCUCAAACUGGAGAAGAAACAGCGGCGGAUGUGUCGACGGGACCCGGGCGUGGCCGAGACCCUCAUGGAGGCCAUCAGCAUGAGUGCCCUGGAGUGCCAGUACCAGUUCCGCUUUGAGAGGUGGAACUGCACCUUAGAGGGGCGCUACAGAGCCAACCUUUUGAAAAGAGGUUUUAAGGAGACAGCCUUCCUGUAUGCCGUCUCCUCAGCAGGCCUGACUCACGCCAUGGCCAAGGCUUGUAGCGCCGGGCGGAUGGAGCGUUGCACCUGCGAUGAAGCCCCAGACCUGGAGAACCGCAAGGCCUGGCAGUGGGGCGGCUGUGGUGACAACCUGAAGUACAGCAACAAGUUUGUCAAGGACUUCCUGGGCAAACGCUCCAACAAGGACCUGCGUGCCCGCGUGGACAUGCACAACAGUAACGUGGGCAUGAAGGUGAUCAAAGCAGGGGUGGAGACCACCUGCAAAUGCCAUGGCGUCUCGGGCUCCUGCACCGUCCAGACGUGCUGGAGGCAGCUCUCGCCCUUCCACGAGAUCGGCAAGCAGCUGAAACAGCGCUACGAGACCUCACUGAAGGUGGGCAGCUCCACCAACGAGGCCACAGGGGAGGGGGAAAUCUCCCAGGCCCGGCCCCAGCAGCAGCAGAACCCCUCAACGGGCCCCAGCAACGACCCGAUCCCACGCACCAUGGACCUGCUCCACAUCGAGGACUCGCCCAGCUUCUGCCGGCCCAGCAAGUACUCGCCGGGCACCUCGGCCAGGAAGUGCUACAAGGACAAGAACUGCGACGCCAUAUGCUGCGGCAGGGGCCACAACACCCAGAGCCGCGUGGUGACCCGGCCAUGCCAGUGUCAGGUGCGCUGGUGCUGCUACGUCGAAUGCAAGCAGUGCACGCAGAGAGAAGAGGUCUACACCUGUAAAGGUUAGCCCAGUCUUAGCUUCCUGCUUGCCCCUUGCCUCUGACCGGACUCAGCAAGUGGAGAGUGGUUGUUGAUGGUGAAGGAGGGGGGGGGAUGGUGUUUUAGGACAGAGGUUUGACUCUCACUCAACCCCCUUGUGGCUGUCAUAUAGAGAGAGAGAGAGAGAGUUCUGCGGCAGAGGAGAGAGCAAGACGAUGGAGAUGGAGGACCUUUAUAAGCACUUUGAGGGAUUUUCUGUUCUAUGGGUUUUGUUUUAAUACCCUGUGGCCCCAGCCAAUGGUGGUUGGGGUUGCAGGAGGAGAUUGGCCUUGUCUGACAACAGGGUCAACGUGGGUCUCAUGUUUUCUCGUUGCAGAGUUGGAGCUUCGGAGGAAAGGCUACCUCAUCUAUUCAACAUGCAGUCAGAUGUGUCAGUGAGAAAAAGCAGCACUUGGCCGCUGUCUCCGGCUAGCAUGCUGUUAAUGAGGAUCCAAUAGAAUGACCAUAAUGGUAAAAGACUGGCUUUUGGGCCUUGCCCAAUGUAGAAAUGUGUGUGUGUGUGUGUGUGUGUGUGUUAGCGAGUGAGGGUGAAGAGGUGGGUGAAAUUACAACUCAUAUGGCAAUCAUGGUAACCAUAUUCAGAAACUGUUAAGAAGACAGGGUGUAAGAGGAAUUCUACACACACAAAUUUACACACACACACACCAUUGUGUGUAUGCAUAUGUAUGUAAAUAAAUUAAAUUGUAUUAUAAUGAUAUUAUAUACACUUGCUACUUAUCUGAAUAUGUUUCAACAAACCACUAACCACACAAAUGCUUUGUUGUUUGUGUGUUCUCGCUCUCUUCUGCUUUUGAUUUUGUUUUGACAAGGCCCUUUGGAAAGCAGCACAUGUGUGUCCUUUGUCUCACUCUGUGGAUCAUUUAUGGACCCUUUGGGACUACUCCUUCACGAGGAGAGAAAACACGCUCAUUUGUCUUUGAUUCUUUUACACUAGAGUGAAAUUGUUGGUGAAUACAUUUGCCAGUCAUUUUAGGCUACUCUUGGCCUUGAGCGAAGUCAACUAAUGUUCAGGGAAUAACUGAAACCACUAUAUCUUAUUUGGACUGAUGGUAAAAAAGCAAAAAGAAAACCUGUAUGUAAUGAAAGUUCAGUGAGAGAAUGGACUUGCUUUUCUGAGUUUAGUGUCUACUGCUGUCACCGUGACAACAGGAGACCGCCUGACCAGUGGAGAAUGCAAUCUUCCAAUCAGAUGAACAGUGCUCGAACUAGAACAGCUUCUUGGUACUUAGCCCUCUAUUUUAAAAAAGAAAAGCAAAUCUUGCCUGUAAUAAUACUAUAAUAACACUAUUCUCUCAUAUCCUUCCUUCCUUCCUCUCUCUACACCCCCCCCAUUCAAGUAUUAACGGUGGAGAUUGAAAAUGAACAGCAUGAUCCAAUGGAAACAUGGCUUACACAGUUACACCCUCAAGCAAAUUCGCUAUUUCCGAUAUAGUCCCGCUGAAGCUCGCAACAACAAGGUGACAAAAAUGUGUGUUGCGACGACAAAGCAAAUGUUUGCUCUAGCUGUAUGCCUGUGCAUUGUCUAUCCAUUGUUUUUGGGGCGUGGCUACCACAACUCCACGACUGCAAAGGUUACAAUCUCCAUUUCGUGUUGUUUUGACAGUAAUUCUCUCUCUGGCAGGUUACUGUUAUGUUGCACAUGUCUAAAAUGUCAUGUUGGCUGCGCGACGCUUCAAAUGACUGGCGGAAAAGGCAGAGCCGACCCUCUAAAAGACCCACAAUAACUCAUGAGAUGCCAAGUCACCCUUAGAUUCCCUUUAGAUAUACAACCGUUGCCUGUUUCAGGUGGGUGAGAAUGAACUACUGAGGGAGGAACCCGACAUUGUAAGAUAGCCCCAUUCACGCACUGAAGCCCCAGAAGUCCUUUAUCAUUUCCCCUUUUAAAGUAUUUAAAGAUCCUGUAUUUAUGAGUAUAAACAGUGCAUAUGUUUGUGUUUUCCUUUUGCUUGUUGUAAAUAACAAUGGUUUAUUCUCCUGUGGUAUAGAGACAAGAGUGAGGCACAUGGUAAAAUCUCACAGGCAAGUAAAGAGGAAGUUGGUAGCAAUAAGGAGGUUAGGACCAAGACGUUUGAUGCUGGAAAGGCAAGUGGUCAAAUUUAAGUUGAUGCAUAAAGCCUACGGCUAAAUCAUGAAUAUGGAGUACAUUGCUGCUGAAAACUUUUGAUUGUACGUGAUCAUCAGUAAGUGAAAAAACAUUAGUAGAUAGCUGUGGUCCGAGCUGUUUUCGAGGGCAUUGGCAUGCUACGUUAGAAGCGGUGACACAGGAUUGAUAUAUGAUUCAACCCACCGUGACUGAUCAAGGAAUAGCAGCAUGCUUUGAGAAGGGCGUCUAGCCGAGGGAAGGUUGGUUGGUUCAUCCUCUAGAGCUGGAUUCCAAACAUGCCAAAUAACGAAUGGUCAAAACCUACAUAGAACUUUGCACGUUACAUGGAAUCCAUAAUGGCUCUGCUAAGGAGCCUGAGCAUAAAUGCCUGCUUCCCAUUGCUUCUGGUGAGUGUAUUCUACACACACUCCUCUGCACAAGACUGGUUCUCUACAGUGGUAAUUUAUUGAACGUAUAUAAAAGGUCAACAGAGUCAUGACGAGAGGAAUACAGGAUGCACAUUGCAUGUAUUUUGUAUGUUUUUAUACUGUACAUACACACACACACGUUUUCUUUUUCAAGACAAAGGACGGCAUGAUGCAACGGUUGUUUCUCAAUUGUGAUUGUCUUAGUCCUUCAUAUUCUAUUUUUGAACUCAUAGCUCUGCACUGUGUAGUUGUCAGUGGAUCAUGUAUAAAAAUCUAUUUUGUAGAAAAAGUGAAAAUAAAAGAAAGAUAAAUUAUUUUGAGAUAUUUUAUGAGCAUGUGUUUAAUGUAAAUAACGUAAAGUCAAAACUGAUUUUAUAUACCUGUUUUUUUUUACUCAGUUUUUUUUUUUCUCCUUUAGGCUUGUAUGAGUGUUUUGCUUCUUUGGGGUGGAGGCUUCAAGAGGCAGUGUAUUCUAUAAAGUCAGUUUCUAUAGAUAACUCUAACAUUUGCAGUUCCUAAGCACAAAACAAAUCCUUACAAAUUUAGUAACUUAACACUUCUCUUCCUUUUUUUCAACUGUUAUAUACAACACAUCUGAAGGCAAUUCUAAAGGCAAUUAAAUAGAUCAUAAUCAGCUGGGUGCUUUUAUGUAAUUGACAUCGUACAGUACUGCGCAAGUAUUUUUCUAGCAUUCCGAUUUGUAGCGUGAUCAGUUUGUUUGAGGGGUUGGCGAGAGGUGUAUGGGUUCUGUCUGUACCCCGUAACAUAUAACCUUCUGUGCAGAUAAACAUACUGACCAAACGCAGAGUGGUAUUGGUGUGAACUCAUUCAACUUUUGGUAUACUCUGAUGAGAGGGUCACAUUCACUGUGUACAUUUGUUUUAGGAUUUGUGCUGUGCUUGCCAAUAAACAAAACAAACAUCUAUUCCUCUUUGUGAUAAUACUAUAACAGCAAAGCUUUGUCCAUGUUCACUUAUUCAUGUCUUAUGGGAACCUAAAUUAUUGUCCUCUACCUCAUGUGUAUAGCUUGUAGGUAUAAACAGAUCACGAAUGACUGGUAAGAAUGUAUUUAAGUUAUUUAACAUCUUUGUAUAACAAAGGCAAGAAAACCUGAAAUAAUAAAUGAAUUUUU